AAAGAACUUAAAAUUUUGAAAAGGUUACAUCAAAAUACCGGUACGCAUUUAAAAAUUAAUUACUGGCGUUAAUACUACACAUUUAUAUGAAAGAUCCGAACGGUACUGUAAAUAGAAUUAUGGAUUUAUGUGUAAUAGCUUCUAACAUCAAAGUGAAAGAAAAAAGGGAACGGCAACCAAAUUGGACCGAAGCUGAAAAACAAAUGCUACUAUCUCUUACGCGUAUUCACCAAGUUAUUUUAGAAAAUAAAAGAAGUGAUACAAUGACAAUCAAGAAGAAAUCGGAGGCAUGGGAUGAUAUAGCAACUAAUAUGCGGGCUGCAGGAUACCAGCGAUCUAAAGAUAGGUUGAAACAGCAAUUAGGUCGUAUGCGUGCAGCUGAGGCUAAAAAAGUGAAAGACGCAUUAGCAAAGAGUUAUGUACAGGAGAGUAAACAUCUGGCAUUACCUGGAUGUUCAUCGGAACCAAUGGCUCAAGACGCGACAAUAAAUGUGCAAAAUUUUCACGUUAUGCCACCGCCAAUUCAAGAGGUCGCAAUAAAAAUUGAAAAGGCAAUUUCAUUAGACGAUUUUGAAACAUCGCCUUCCAAUAAGCAAAUAAAUAAAAAUGAUAAUGAAUAUUUUGGUUUAGCUGAUCCGACUUCGGCAUCAAUGCCAAUUAAUCACGGAGUGAUUAAACGAAUGUAUGAAGAUCCACAAUUUAUUAAUGUAACUUCGUCCCCUAUGGUUGAAACUGGGACUGGUGAAUCGAAAAAUCAAAUGCAAAAUAUGUCAACAAGCCAUAAUGGUAAAUGUAAAUGCAAUUGUAAAUCAAAAAGGUUGCGGCAUAUACGUCUUCGUAUUAACGGUCAUUCACCACGGACUCGUUCUCAGCGGAUUCGGCAAUUACAUUUGUAUCGAGUUGCUGUGGAAAGAGAAAGAUUGAAAAUGUUGCGUAUGCAACAAAAGCGCGAUCACAUAUUUUACAGAAAAGAUAAACAAAUUCAAAACUUGAAACUACAAAUAUUACAUAACUUAGCCCUAAACAGGAUUAAUCACAUUAAUUUUUCCUAAUCCUAAAAAUAAUAUGC